GAAGUGCACCUGACUGGGCGGAAGUAGAAGGUCGCAGAGGCCAGGAAGGUGGAGAGAGGAGGGUCUGUGAGGUUAGGUUUAGCAUCACCUCCCUCACUGAAUUCAGCAUGGGAGAGAAGUCAAAGAACUGUAGGGUUCCAGAGGAUCUGUUCAAUGGUUUGAAGGUAACAGAUACCCAGGAAACAGAGAGUGCUGGCCGUCCAGUUCCCGAUCCCAAAGAUCAGCAUUCCCAGAACAAGCUGCUCAGGGAUGAUGAGGCCCAUUCCCAGGAGGACCAGGAAGAAGAGGAGUGUUUUCAUGACUGCAGUGCUUCAUUUGAAGAGGAGCCAGGGGUGGACAAGGUUGAGAAGAAACCUGAUGAUGAUGUGAAUUCCUCUGAACUAGAUGAAGAGUACCUAAUAGAACUGGAAAAAAACAUGCCAGAAGAAGAGAAACAGAAAAGAAGAGAAGAGAGCACUAAACUAAAGGAGGAGGGAAAUGAGCAGUUUAAGAAAGGAGAUUAUAUAGAAGCUGAAAAUUCUUACAGUCGAGCCCUGGAGAUGUGCCCAUCCUGCUUCCAAAAAGACAGAUCUAUUCUGUUUUCAAAUAGAGCUGCUGCAAGGAUGAAACAGGACAAGAAAGAGAUGGCCAUCAAAGACUGCAGCAAAGCCAUUCAGUUAAACCCCAGCUAUAUCAGGGCAAUAUUGAGGAGAGCAGAGUUGUAUGAGAAAACGGACAAACUAGAUGAAGCCCUGGAAGAUUAUAAAUCUAUAUUAGAGAAAGAUCCAUCAAUACAUCAAGCAAGAGAAGCUUGUAUGAGAUUACCUAAGCAAAUUGAAGAACGUAAUGAAAGACUGAAAGAAGAAAUGUUAGGUAAACUAAAAGAUCUUGGGAACUUGGUUCUCCGACCUUUUGGGCUCUCCACAGAAAAUUUCCAGAUCAAACAGGAUUCCUCUACCGGCUCCUACUCCAUCAAUUUUGUUCAAAAUCCAAAUAAUAACAGAUAACAAAGAUAACAAUAGCUUUAACAGCUGACAUGGAAAUUGUGUGCUGCUUGCUGCUAGCGAGGGGAAAGGCCCUGCCAAUAUUUAACUUUCCAAAGCAUCUUAUCUAAAAGAAAGGCCAUCCAGUAGAGCCCAGUGCUCCCUUUCCCUCUUGUAUGAUCAGGGUGAAAUAUACUUCCUGAUGAAGUGAGCCUAAUUUGAUUUCCAUUUUAAGGUGGUGUCUGUAGUUGUCCCUGGUUCUGGCUGUCUUUUGUCCAGGAAGAAGCCUACUUUCAGGGCUGACCUUCCUGAGCCACACAGACAGACCAGCCGGGCAAAAGCCUCUCCCGAACCCAGCAAACCUGUUGGUUGGGAGAUUGCCCAGACAUGAUGGAUGAUGACACAGGGUUCCUGCCUGCUGUCCCCUUCCCUGAUCACACACUGUGUGGCUGCUGUACGUGACCUCCUACAUUUCCUGAUUUCCGACUUCCUCUGUGGUAAUAAAAGCUUUCUGUGACAGUC